AUGUUUCCAAUGACAGCAUUCCCUUUGAAUCCAGUCAAUUGUGGCCGUUCAUCAACUGAUUUAAUAUGGCCUAAUUCUACUACCACGUUACAAAACAUGACAUCUGAAUCGAAUUGUGAUCAUUUAUCGUAUAGUAGUAUUAAUAACAAUAAUAAUAAUAUUAAUAAUAAUAAUAGCAGUAGUAAUUUGUCAUCUCUGUUUCCUAGCGCCACUUCAAAUUUCUUAACACGUCCGAAUUAUGCUUGUGAUCUUAGUGCAACUUAUCGAUCACAAGAACAAUCAAAUAAUCAAACAAAUUAUUUAAAUGACGAAUUAUCAAAUCAAUGUAAUGAGAAUCUAGUUGACAAUAGUACUACUAAUAUUACUAAUACUACUAAUACUACUACUACUACUACACCUACAGCUACUCUAUCGAAUUGUACAACCAAUAGUAAUAAUGAUACAACAGAUUUACAUUUAACCAAUGAAAACACUCAAAUCAAUCUUACAACAUCACCUCAUUUAUUGCUGAUACCUUCUGAUACAACAGAGAAAUUAAAUAUGGCCACAAGUACCAAUUAUGAGACUUGGUCACAUGAUCAUAGAAAACGUCAUAAAAAAUCAAAACUAUUAAAUUCAGACAUUAAAUCCACGAUAGAUAAUCAACUGUCAGACACAAAUACAUCAUCAUCAUCAUCAUCACAUUUAUUAUUUAAGAAUGAAUCUAUGGAGAAAAAAGAUGUUUACAAUGAUGCGUCAAACAGAUUGUCAAUAUCAAUGGAACAUGAGAAAGAUACUACUACUACAACUACUACUAAUACUACUACUCCUACUCCUCUGUCUACGAUAACUACAACAAAAUCAUGUGAUUUUAAACAAUACACCGGUAAAUUUCCUAAUGACCAACAACAACAAACUAGUAGUUAUGCCUUUAAUUUAUUCCCUAACAGAACAACUACACAUCCUAAUUACACGAAUGAAAUGAUCUCAAGAGAAUAUAAUCAUGAUGAUCAUGAUGAUGAAGAUGAUGAUGAAGAAGGUCAUUUCAAUUGUUCAACAUUAUCACAAUAUAAUAAUUCAUGUCAACAACAUUUAACAUUGAAUAAUAAUAAGAAAGGUAUGAAAGAAUCAUUGAAUGAUGAUAGGGAUGAUAAUAAUAAUAGUUUAUUGACAAAUUAUCCAAUCAGAUUUAAUCAAUCACAGUUUGGAACGAAUUCAAUGGAGGCGGACAACGAUGAUGAUGAUGAUGAAGAAGACGGAGGAGGAGGAAUCUAUAAACCAAUGAUCAAUACGAGUAAUCAUAAUUGUACUGUUAGUACACUUAUAUCUACCGGUAUUAGUACGACCACUACUACUACUACUAGUACUAUUAGUAGUAUUGCUACUACUACUGCUACUACUGCUACUAAUACUACUCUCGGUACAACAACUACUACUACUAAUACUACUAUAAAUAGUAUAAAUAAUCUAAACAGAAGAUUAGAUAGUAGUAAUCAGUUGAUUCAUUCACAGAAUGAACUUGAUAUGAUGGAUACAUGGAAUACUGCAAUGUCAAUACAACACCAGCACCAACAACAACAUUCAACAAAUAUUCUACCACACCAACUGGCUUCAUUCUAUACAACUUGUUCAAAUGAGCUUGCUUUUCGGAAAAAUUUACUAUUGAAUAAUAGUAGUACUGUUAGUAGUAGUCAUCAUCAAACAAUGAAUAUGAUGGAGUCAACUAACUAUUCAAUGUACAAUAAUCAAAAUAAACACGACUCAGAACGUCAUACAUCAUCAUCACCAUUAUCUUCGAUAUUACAAAGUAAUUUAGACUUGAAUUCAGGUUCUACUACUAUAUUCAAUCGUAAUAAUAAUAAUAAUAAUAAUAAUAAUAAUAAUAAUAAUAAUAAUAGUGAAUUGAAUGAAAUGAAAGUUGGUUCAAAGUUCAAUAAUCCUAUAAAACAACAACCACAACAACAACCACAUCAAUCAAGGCGAAUAAUGAAUGAUUCAUCAUUAAUGCAAAAUAAUCAUUUAGAUACUACUUGUAAACUAACACAUCAUCAUCAUUCUCAUCCACCUCCACCUCAACCUCCACCCCCACCCACUCUGCCUCCACCUCCACAUCAUCAACAACAAGGAGGAGGAGGAUUUGAAGAUGAUCAAAUGAUUGAUGAUAUAAGUGUAGCAUAUCAUUCAGCUGCAGCUAUGGCAGCCGCUGCAGUUGUUGCCCAAGCAGCUGUAGCAAGUGUCAAUGUUACAAAUCCUCCUCCUCAUCAUCAUCAGUCGGAACAACAACAGCAACAUCGACGUCCACAUGACCAGUCCAGUCAUCAUCAUCAGCAUCAGCAACAACAACAGCAUCAACAUCAACAUUUACAUUCCCAACAACAUGAACAACAUGAACGCGAACAUCGCUUGCAAUAUACAACUGACAAUGAACAUUCCAUGUUACAUCAUACACAUCCCAUAGAACAAUAUGGUUUGCAUAUGAACAGUCAUAAUAAUAGUCAUGACAGUUUAAUACAUCAAUCACAAUAUAAUCAUAAUCAUAAUAGUAAUAACAUGAUGAUGAAUCCAAGUUUAGGAUUAUUUCCUUUAAUCAAUAAUAACAAUUCAUUUAAUCAUUCACCAAAUAUAAUAAAUAAAACAAUGAAAAAUAAAAAACUUACAAUGACAGGGCCAUUAUCAUUUAAGAUGCUUGCUGUAUUACGGCAUACUAACAUUACUACUACUACUACUACUACUACUACUACUACUACUACUACUACUACUACUACUACUACUACUACUACUACUACUACUACUACUACUACUACUACUACUACUACUACUACUACUACUACUACUACUACUACUACUACUACUACUACUACUACUACUACUACUACUACUACUACUACUACUACUACUACUACUACUACUACUACUACUACUACUACUACUACUACUACUACUACUACUACUACUACUACUACUACUACUACUACUACUACUACUACUACUACUACUACUACUACUACUACUACUACUACUACUACUACUACUACUACUACUACUACUACUACUACUACUACUACUACUACUACUACUACUACUACUACUACUACUACUACUACUACUACUACUACUACUACUACUACUACUACUACUACUACUACUACUACUACUACUACUACUACUACUACUACUACUACUACUACUACUACUACUACUACUACUACUACUACUACUACUACUACUACUACUACUACUACUACUAAUAAUAAUAAUAAUAAUAAUACUACUACUAUUAAUAAUAAUAAUAAUAAUAAUAAUAAUGAGUUUGACAGUCAUAUAAGCGGAAUAACUGAGGGAAGAGAAUGUGUCAAUUGUGGUGCAACUAGUACACCAUUAUGGAGACGAGAUGGACAAGGAAAUUAUCUGUGCAAUGCAUGUGGUUUAUAUCAAAAAAUGAAUGGUCAAAAUCGUCCAUUAAUUAAACCAAAACGAAGAUUGCAAUCCUCUAGCAGACGUACUGGUACUAUAUGUUCUAAUUGUCGUACUAUAACAACUACAUUAUGGCGUAGAAAUACUAAUGGUGAACCAGUUUGUAAUGCAUGUGGACUUUAUUUCAAAUUGCAUAAUAUUCAACGACCAAUAUCAAUGAAAAAAGAUGGCAUCCAAACACGUAAUCGUAAAGUUUCACAAAAAACUAAAAAACAUAAAUUUGAUUUCUAUACUGAAUUAUCAUCUGAUUUACCAGUGGAUUAUUUGAUGAAAACUACACCAUUGCAUAGAUUUGGUGCUGCGGCAGCAGCAGCCGCGGCCGCAGCAGCUGCAGCCGCUGCAGCUGCUAAUCAUUUCGGUUGUACCACUAGUACAACACAUACUACACAACAGAUUAUUGCAUCGAAUUCACCAAAUCCUGCGAUGAUGUGUAAUCCAUAUUUAACGGGUUAUUUCUCAGACACUAAUCAUAAUAAUAAUAAUACUAUUACUAAUAAUGACGUCAAACAUAAAGAUUUAUUGAAAAUUGACGGAGAUACUACUACUACUAAUACUACUGAUGAUGAUCAGAUUGGACAAUUUACUAAUGUGACAAAAGCAUUUCAUGCUACAUUCGGUGGUUUAACUAAUCAUACCAACAAUAAUAGUAGUGAUAAUAGACAUUCUAAUCUAUUGCAUAGCCAUUUCUCGCUUACAUCAUCACCUCAUUCAACACAAUUGCAUCCUUCGCAUUAUAUGGAUCAGAAUCAUCGGCCACAAACACAACCACAACCACAACCACAACAUCAGCCGUAUAUUCAGAAACAACCAUCAUCUCAACCAAUGAAUGUCAUGAAUUUCCCUAUUGAUUCUUCAUACAAUCAACAUACAUCGACGAGCUUGGUGAAUAAUAAUCCAAUGAAUGAGAAAUAUGGUAGAUAUCAAAAAUCUAACACUAAUUAUAUCUCAUCGGAAUUAGCUUACAGUCAUUCUUCUAGUAAUGAUCAUAACACAAGUAACAACACUGAUAAUCAUACAAAAUGUGACUCAUUACACAUGAAGUCAUCGUUAUCAUCAACAUCCAAUCUCAUUCAUCAUCAUCAGCAGCAGCAACCGCAACAGCAUUCUCCGACAGAUGCACUUAUCCAAUGGCACAAUGCACAAUUACAAUCUACACCGAAUCCGCUAGAUGGUGUAACAAAUUUUCAUUCUACAUCAUUGUAUACUAAUUGUCAACCAACAACAAUAGCUCAAUUAAGAUGUAAUAAUAACAAUCAUAGUGGUCAUGGUCAGAAUGGCAUCAUCAGUAGUAGUAAUAGUAGUAAUAAUAGUAGUAGUAGUGGUAGUAGUAGUAGUAUAACACAUUCCUAUUAUAAUCAUCCUGAUAAAAUGGAAUCUUCUGAUCCUCCGAUUGAUCAUACUACUAAUAAUAAUAACAACAAUAAUUUAAUCGAUUCCACUAGAAUGGCCUCAACCACUUCAUCAUCUGACCAAUCAGUGCAUAAUAAUAGUUUAAAUCGUCAUAAAUUCAAACUGUGCGCUGAUUCAUCAUUCAAUAUGAAUCAUUCAAGAGGUUCAAUGAAUAAUAAUGAUAAUGAUGAUGUUGAUAAUGAGAAUGAAUUCUAUCUUGGCGGUAAUUAUCCUAUGAUGAUGAUGAUGAAGAAUCAAACAUUGAAUUCAAUGAAAACACAACGAAGUAGCAGUCAUUUAGAUCAUUCAGAAUUAAGAGUAUUUCCAUGA